AUAUACUGCCUCAACUCUCCGUGUUUUGUCAACUUUCUGUGUGAGCUUCUGGGUGUUUGUUAACCUUUUAUUUUGUUAAACUGGUGGAGUGCACUUUAGAAUGUAGAAUGUAUAGAUCUUAUCCAGAGCCGCUCGAGAGUUUACAGCUUAUUGGACGGUGCUUAGACUGUCACUCCGCCAUAUCUUCAUUCGUUUUUAUGAACACUUAAGCCUGGAAUUCGCGGGUAAUGUAAUGCAAUUUGGAUUCAACUUUCAAGGAGGAUCUUUUCGAGGAUUGUAUUAACCACUAACACACAUAGGACAACUUGCAGAUUAAUACUAGGACUUGACCGUCCCUUGAAGUCCCUGUCUCCUCGUCGUUAACCCAAGGGGUUGCACCAGGGGCGGUGGUAACAGAACUUCAAGACUCUCGGAGUUGUAUCUAUAGAUAUCGACAACAGACUCCGAGAGUAUAUAAUUAUAUGUUUAAUAUAUUUAUGGUAUAUAACUUGGGAGUCUCUCUCUCCAGCAGCAGGAGUUGGAGAAAUCGGGACGCGUUGUGAAAGCCACCGUAAGGAAGGCUUACUGUCGACGCCGACCAAUCAAAAGAAGAAGCAAUUUGGAUUUUAGGCCCCAGAGCCUUGAUUCCAAAUUGCUGGUUUAACUUUAUUGGAGUGUAAAGACUGUUCCGUUAUCUGAUCCUUCUACCUUCUGAACUUAAAUAGUAAAACUAAAAAAUACGGUUUAUUUUGGCCCCGCAUCCAGAGAAGUAGUAAAUCAACAAAUAAUCUGCGAAGAAAUUUAAAUUUUUAGAAGACCUGAUCUGCAAGGAAAUUUUAAACUUUCUGGACGUGGGAUCUUGGCGGUCAACUAUUAGGCCUCAUUCAGCCGACUCUAGGUUUUACAAAUUCCUUGGUGUUUUGUGAAAAUGAGGGCCGACGAGACAGGAUGAAGGUAUUUAAGAAAAACAAAGUGUGUGCUAAUAUGAUUGUGUCACUGCCAGUCGGCAUGGCUGGACACGGUCCUUUUCGUCAUGAUUUCAAUUAUUAGCUCACUUUUGAGCGGCUGGAAUUGGUUUUUAACAAAACUUGUGGCUAAUAAGCAGUAGUUAUCCUUAGUAGGACGGUUAGCAGCAGUUAGUCCUAUUUUCAAGGUGUGACGCGUUUACAAACAUUCCAAGGUGCUUUAAACUUAUUAACCCACUUCUCGACGUCGAAUUGGAGGAAUAACGACAAAUUUGAAAGUUUUCCUCGCAAUAAUUGCUAUUUUUAGUUGUCCCUUACUCGACGUAUACUUAUAGGAGCUGAAAUAUUGGGGUAAUAGAGGCAGGCGCUCUAAGUGGAUAUUUACCCAGAACACAAUGAAGUAAUGAAGUUAUCCCUCACUUGCAAUAAUACUAUCAACCCUGGAAGAAUGCAGUAUUACGUCAGAGACAGAAGGACAGCAAGAUAUGUUGUUGAAGGAUGCUCCAGACAGUGAUCAGAACCCUGCUGUCAGACUAGUCCGAGGAUCUCCAAUACUUACUAGGAUCAGGGACUGCCAGGGAAUCUUCGACAAGAAACAUCCUAAGAAGAGACAACGGAAAAUGGUGGAAAGUCCACUUUUCAUCCCGAAGAAGAAGAAAUCAGUUCCGGAUCUGCACCAACCGGAAGAGGGCGAGAAACAAAUAACUUACAGUGGGCAAAAUGAGCCGUAUGAAAAUGUCAUAAUAUCGCCCUACAACGCUAAGUUUUACACUCCCAGACCUCUGCAUUUAGGAUCAGUCAACGGUAUGUCUCAUCAGUAUAAAUCGCUUUCUCAACAACAAGUUCCUAAUCACCAACAAGCGGUGAAACAUCAGCGUUACUCUAACUCAAAUCAGCAAAUACAGUUAAUAAAUCAGCAAGAUAUGAAUCAGCAUGGAUUGGAUCAACAAGUGGCAAAUCAGUAUGUACUGAAUCAUCAGCCAAUGAAUCACCAAAUUAUAAACCAGCAGCCAAUGAAUCACCAAGUAAUAAACCAGCAGCCAAAUAGUCAGCAAAUUGUGAACCAGCAAAUCCCGAACCACCAAGGAGUGAAUCAAGUGAUAUACCCUCCGAUAACACGUUCAAACUCGGGAGGAAAGAGACAACAGGAGCCCUACGAGAACAUGGAGCACAUGCAGUACGCUGGCCAUUACCCGAGGAGACAGCUAGUGAGGUACGUGCCCCAGCGUACAGCCCCUCAACCUCCCUUACCUCCCUCCAGGGGGCGGAGUCCCGGACAAGCGGACACUUCCGGGUACAGUUCCUACGAGCAGAACACUCUGUCUCUAAACAGAGGGCCCGGCUCACCCCCUCCUUCUCUUCUACCCACCAUGUGUGAGGAGAUAGACCUCCAGGUCCAGGGCUUCAUACAACCUCCUGUAAUACCUGGCUACAAUCACCCCACUCUCCCCGACCAUCCUACUCUCACCAGCUAUCACCACCCCACUCUACUCAGUCACCAGCCAAACACUUUGCUCAGUCACCAGCCAAACACUCUGGACAGGUCUCACCACAAGUUCAUGAUGGACCAGUCCGUUUUAAGACAAUACUUCUGUAUUGCCCUCUCAACUUGCAUAAUGUGCCCUCCUUGUGGUUAUUGGUCCCUCUAUCAGGCCUUCAAAGUCGAUGAUAUGAUCGAUAGAGACAACUUUUUAGGGGCGGAACGUCUGGCGAGCAAAAUCAAGCGAUAUUCCAUCAUUAUCAUGGUGGUAGGAGUAUUUUGGGUGUCUCUGACAGUGGCGGUGUUCUUCCUUUUGUUAAACAAGUUUAAAGAUUGAUCGGCUUUUGCUUUAUAUUAGUUACAAUUCGUUAUCACCACCCAUUUUUGUUUGAUUAAUGAAGCAAUUAUGUAACUUUCGAUGCUUUCAGUUUCACUUUAGGUUCUCAACCCCAUUAGCAAUAGUAUUUGAUUUAUAUGUUUAAAUUUCGAGUGGUAGAUCGAAUUGCCCCCAUCAAACCAAAAGCUGAACGCACAGCCCUUAACAUUUAACAAUUAACAUAAAUAUUUUCUAUGCACUGUUUUGUAUUGUGUUGAUUUAUAAUUAUAGUGACUUAUUUAUAAAUUGUUAUGUUACUAAUU